CCGUCUGUCUGUUGUGCUCCAGGUCCUCCAGGAACAGGAAAGACCACCAGCAUCUUGUGUCUGGCCCGAGCUCUGCUGGGAGCGUCCAUGAAAGACGCCGUCCUGGAGCUCAACGCUUCAAACGACAGAGGAAUCGACGUGGUGAGGAACAAAAUCAAGAUGUUCGCUCAGCAGAAAGUCACCCUGCCCAAAGGACGGCACAAGGUCAUCAUCCUGGACGAGGCGGACAGCAUGACGGACGGAGCUCAGCAGGCGCUGAGGAGGAUCAUGGAGAUCUACUCAAAGACGACACGCUUCGCCCUCGCCUGUAACGCCUCGGAUAAGAUCAUCGAGCCGAUCCAGUCUCGCUGCGCCGUGCUGCGAUACUCCAAACUGACGGACGGGCAGAUCCUGGCCCGGCUGCAGGAGGUGGUGGAGCAAGAGCGACUGGCGGUGUCCGACGACGGGCUGGAGGCGGUUAUCUUCACGGCUCAGGGAGACAUGAGACAGGCGCUGAACAACCUGCAGUCCACCAACUCCGGCUUCGGCUACAUCAACAGCGAGAACGUGUUCAAAGUGUGCGACGAGCCGCACCCGCUGCUGGUGAAAAGCAUGCUGGGACACUGCGUGGACGGGAACAUUGAUGCGGCGUACAAGGUGGUGGAGCAGCUGUGGGCGCUCGGAUACUCCCCGGAGGACAUCAUCGGAAACAUCUUCAGGGUCUGCAAGACCUACCAGAUGGCCGAGUACCUGAAACUGGAGUUCAUCAAGGAGAUCGGUUACACUCACAUGAGGGUGGCCGAAGGCGUCAACUCUCUGCUGCAGAUGGCCGGUCUGUUGGGUCGACUCUGCAGUAAGACAGGACCGCCUGCUGCCAGCUGAACCCGACAAACCACCACCUCCACCCACACCCACACCUCCACCUCCACCCACACCACCACCUCCACCCACACCUCCACCCACACCACCACCUCCUGCUGCCUCCUCAGACUGUCUGCCACUGAGGUUCUGUUCGGACACGAUGAUGAUGGAUCAGAUCGUCUGAUCGACUUUAAGUCUAUGAAACAAAAACUCACAAACUUAAUAAACGAUUUUUCAUUGAU